AUGGGGGAGGCUCUGGAGCUGCUCUUCGUUUCUGUGGGGUUGCUGGUGUGCUUGGUUUGCCUAGCAAAGUGUGUGAGGUUCUCCAGAUACCUUCUAUUGAGAUCCUGGAAGGUUUUGCCAAGGUCUUUCUUGAAAUCGAUGGGACAAUGGGCAGUGAUCACUGGAGCGGGAGAUGGAAUUGGGAAAGCAUACUCCUUUGAGCUGGCCAAACAUGGACUCAACGUCGUGCUUAUCAGCCGGACACUGGAAAAGCUACAGGCUGUUGCGGAAGAGAUAGAGUGGACCACCGGGAGCCAUGUGAAGAUUAUACAAGCAGAUUUUACCAAAGAUGACAUCUAUGACAGUAUUGAAGAAAAACUUAAAGGCUUAGAAAUUGGAAUUUUAGUCAAUAACGUCGGAAUGCUCCCCAGUCUGCUCCCGAGCCAUUUCCUUAGCACUCCGGACAAAAUCCAGAGCGUCAUCCACUGCAACAUGACCUCCGUAGUCAAGAUGACACAGCUUGUUCUCAAAAGCAUGGAAUUGAGGCGGAAAGGACUCAUCUUGAACAUUUCUUCUGGGGUAGCCCUCUGUCCCUGGCCUCUGUAUUCCCUAUACUCAGCUUCCAAGGCAUUUGUGUGCACGUUUUCCAAGGCCCUGCAGGAGGAAUACAGAGCAAAAGGAAUCAUUAUCCAGGUGCUGACCCCGUAUGCUAUUUCGACCCCGAUGACAAACUACCUAAAUACCAACAUGGUAACCAAGACUGCCGAUGAAUUUGUUAAAGAGUCGUUGAACUAUGUCACAAUUGGGGAUGAAACCUGUGGCUGCCUUGCCCAUGAAAUCUUGGCGAGUUUUCUGGACCUGAUUCCAUCCAGACUUUUCUACAGCAGCACCUUCCAAAGGUUCCUUCUGACCCACUACACACAUUACCUGAAGCGCAACUUCCAGAUCAGAUAG